CGCGAGUGGGGUACUUGGCAAGAUGUCAGCGAUCGUGAUACGCACCAUGAAAAUUGAGGAUUUCCAGGAGGUCGAGGCCUUCCUCGCAGAGCACUUCUUCAAACAGGAGCCCCUGAUGCUGAUCCCCCAGGAGGAUACGACGCAGAGCGAAGUGAUUCCGGCGGAGGCGGAGCUCCACCGCUCGCUCAUUCCCCAGAACCUCUCCUUGGUAGCCGUCGACGGCGAGCGCAUUGUGGGAGUGGUCUUGGCUGGUGAGCUGGUUCCCGAUGAUUUGGAACGUGAGUUUAAGGAGACCGAGCAGAAGGAGGUCACGUGCUUGCUGGACAAGAUUCACAAGUUUCUGGCCGGGAUCGAGAGGCAGGCCAACAUCUUCGAGCACUUCGGAGUGCAGCGAGCCCUCUACCUCUACAUGCUCGGCGUGGAUACCUCUGUUCGUCGCCAGAGGGUGGGCUCCCGCCUAGUAGCCGCCACCAUCGAGCUUGGUCGCCAGCGGGGCUUCCCCGUGGUGACCUCCACCUGCACCAACCUGCACUCCCGGCGCCUCAUGACCGGUCUCCACAUGGAGUGCGUCCUUUCGAAGGACUACGCUGACUACAAGGACGAACACGGGAAGGUCGUUCUUAGUGCAGCCGAUCCCCACACCUCGGCCAGUGUCGUGGGCAUCCGACUGUAGUGGCAGAAAGGCAACUCACCAAAGAAUAUACUACCCAAACAUAGCUAAGUAAGGACCUAUAUUGGAAUAAAGCUGGAUAGCGAAUAGCGGGAAACAUAA